GCAAGCGAAAGGCCAAAACGGCAUGGACACGAGACGUAACAAGAGAAGCUUUUGAGACUUUACUCUGAUUCCCUUUCGAGGUUUCUUCCAGGUGAUCUUCUCGUCGAUCUUCUCUCCGAUCUUCUUCUCUUCGAUCGUGUCUUCAUACUUCAGUUCACUCGUUGAUGUAAUGUAGAAGUAGAAUUCAAAGAUUCUUUUGAUUUUCCUUUUGUUUGUCUUUGCAUUUUUUCAGUGCAGCAUUCUCUUGAUUUUAAGUGAGCAGAGAAUGGGGUCAUUUCUGAGUUCGGCUGGUAACAGGGCUUGCGAGUAUAGUGAGCUUUUACAAAACGAAAACUGCAAGAGGCAAAGGUUGUUAUUAGGCUUCAGUGAUGAGAAUCCAAGACUUAUUCCCAGUCUUCCGGAUGAGAUAUCAAUGCAGAUCCUAGCUAGAGUUCCCAGGAUUUGUUACUUGAGUGUGAAGAAGGUGUCACGGAGCUGGAAUUUUGCCAUUACAAGCCCUGAACUUUUCAAUUUGCGAAAAGAACUUGGCAUGACAGAAGAAUGGCUUUAUAUAUUGUCUAAGGUUGAUGAUGAUAGGCUUUUAUGGUAUGCAUUGGACCCUUUGUCCAAAAAAUGGCAACGGUUGCCUCCAAUGCCCAAUGUUGCUUAUGAAGAAGAGCCUAAGAAGGGUUUAUCUGCUCUUCGGAUGUGGAAUGUGAUUGGGUCAAGCAUCAAGAUUGCAGAUAUCAUCAGGGGCUGGCUCGGACGGAAGGAUGGAUUGGAUCGAAUGCCUUUUUGUGGUUGUGCUAUUGGGGCUGUUGAUGGCUGCCUCUAUGUGUUGGGUGGAUUCUCUCGAUCUUCAGCCAUGAGGUGUGUCUGGCGAUUUGAUCCGGUUCUAAAUAUGUGGAGUGAAGUGAGCUCUAUGUCCAUUGCUAGGGCAUAUUGUAAGACAGGCAUCUUGAAUGGCAAGCUUUAUGUUGUUGGAGGGGUUAGUAGGGGUCGUGGUGGUGCACUGACUCCGCUUCAAUCCGCUGAAGUAUUUGACCCUCACACAGGAGUGUGGUCUCAAGUGCCAAGCAUGCCAUUCUCAAGAGCUCAGGUUUUACCUACUGCCUUUUUGGCUGACAUGCUGAAGCCCAUUGCCACUGGAAUGACUUCAUACCGCGGAAGGUUAUGUGUGCCACAGAGUCUGUAUUCCUGGCCCUUUUUUGUUGAUGUUGGAGGAGAGAUUUAUGAUCCUGAAACAAAUUCAUGGGUUGAAAUGCCAACUGGAAUGGGAGAGGGAUGGCCUGCUAGGCAAGCAGGAACUAAAUUAAGUGUUGUAGUAGAUGGGGAGCUAUAUGCUCUGGAUCCUUCUAGUUCUCUAGAUAGUGGUAAGAUCAAGAUGUAUGAUCACCAAGAGGAUGCAUGGAAAGUAGUUGUAGGAAAGGUUCCUAUUCGGGAUUUCACUGAUUCAGAAUCUCCGUAUUUACUUGCUGGUUUUCUAGGGAGGCUUCAUGUCAUAACAAAAGAUUCCAACCAUGAAAUUGCAGUUCUACAGGCUAACGUCUGUAAUCGAUUAAGUUCCUCUCCAUCAACUUCGUCUUCUUCAGUAAGAACCACAGGAGCAAGUUUCCCUGCCUGUGGUUCGUCCGUGCCUUCUGAUGUGCUCCCUGUAACUGCAGUAGACUUUUCAUAUCAACAUUGUGACUCAACAGCAGAAGAAGAAACCGAAGCCUGGAAGGUUAUUGCCACGCGGAAUUUUGGGUCAGCUGAGCUGGUCUGCUGUCAAGUACUUGAUGUCUGACUGCAUUAGUCAGCUUACACCAGGACUUGAUUGUAUAGGGAUAAAGGUCACACUUUGUUUUCGAUCAUGAUUUCUAUCCAGAUGUUUAAUUUAGCUGGGCCUUAUGAAAUCAUAGUGGUAAUGGUGCUGUCAUUAUAUUGCUGCAAGGAGUGUGGUCUAUGAUCUUAAUGGACUACUGCUGAUACAACUAGUUGGACUGCUGGAGGUUAGGAAUAAUUCUCUGACGUGACUUCUUGUUUGAUGCAUAUGAAGAAAGUUGCUUCGCACUUGAAUCUGAGGAUAUUUCUGCAUGAGUCGAUUCAUAAGAUGUUGAAGCAAGUAUGGUGUAUUAAACAUCUCCUGGAGGGGCAGACUUAAAUCUUCUCCUUGUUGGGUGUUGGCAUUUUAUUGAUGUUUCUUGCAUUUUAUUGAUGUUUCUUCUCCUUUCUUGUAUCUAUGUUAUAAAAUACUUGCAAGAUAUUUGAAAACUAGGUUUGUAAAGAGGGAGAACUACCUUAUUUAGUGCUGGACAAGAGUGCUUCCAGCCUUCUACUCUCUGUUAGUACAACAAUUUUACAUUUGUCUGUGAGCAAGAAAUGAGUUGGAAGUUUUAUGUGCUUUA